AUGGCCACUCUCACUAUGACUCCUACUCGUCAGCCUUUAGGCUGCUUGGAUAUGCCAUUGAUGCGUUCCAAACUUAAUCGUCAGAACCAAAAUGGUACCAUGUCCAUGAAGUCCACCCCAAUGAAGACCUCUAUCUUCAUUGACGAUUCAGAGAACAUCAAUCCAUCCAGCUUGUCGACAAAACGAAAGCGUACCCUCGAGGACGACGAGGACAGCGCGUCCAAGCCAAUCAAAACAUCCCGCAUGGCUCUUUCCACACGCAUCAACAUCUCCCCCCGUCUUUCAACCCCCUCAAAGAUCUCCAUUACAACUCCCAAAUCAGUCCCUAUCCUCAAACCCGCUGGUCGCUCUCCACCACCAAAGUCAAGCAAGUCGGCUACUCGCCGCUCGCUCAUCGCCAAACCCCGCUCAGAGCAAUACACCAAGCGCGGCGUCGCUCGUCCCUUCUCUCUUGCCUCCGCCCUCGCUCAAUCCACAACCCCCAAGCCUAAGUCCGCUCCCACGGCCCCGACCCCAGCUUCGUGGUGCUUCGAUAUCCACGUCGACACCGAGCAGGAGGAAAUGACCAACCUGAUGCAUCACUCAACCACGGUCUUGGAUAUCAGCGACGACGAGGGAAGGUCCGACCCACCCUGCACCCGUGGCAAGGAGAACAUCCCUCCCCACGAACUGGGCAUCGAACUCCCCACCGCUGAGUCCACUGUCGCUCUCCCUGCUGCUGCUGGCAAGGCACCCAAGAUGGAUGAGCCCCGUGCUCCGCUCGGUGAACUCAAUGCUGCUGAAUACUAUGCCGAGGGCUGCAAUGCCUUCUCGUACACAAUCGUCUACGAUGAUGAACCCGAGUUCAAGAAGCCUUCUUCGCCUCUGGCGCGGACCCAGGAGAGCCUCGUCACUGCUUCCAUUGCUUCGGUUCUGGAUGUUGCUUCCGGCGCUGAAACCCAGGACGAGGGCUCAACUAAUAGCACCAAGUCCGCUCUUUGA